AAAUUGAAAAGGAGACUUUUAUAAUGGCACGUUUUGUGGUGGCUGCGUGUGCAGUGUGGCGAGAAUUUGGAGACCCGCCAGCGCCUUUCUUUUGUACGCUUUCCAUAAAUCACAAUAUCUUACCUUUUCUUUCACUUCCAUAUACGCAAUAAUAAUCCGAACCACCGAAACCCUUCAACCAAAAUUGGCUCAAAAUUGUUUUUCAUAACAAUAAUAAUUGUUUAAAAUUUCCAUCACGAUUCCCAAGCUCCAACCCACAACGGCGGCUCUGUCCCUGCAAAGGGUCACCGCCGGAAAUUCAGAAUUUCCGGCAACCGAUAAAACAUGGGUUCGCCGCCGCAAAAUCACAACUGGGUCUUCGAUUAUGGAGUUUUAGAAGAUAUUCCUGUACCUGGCGGUGACCUACCGCCCCUUGACCUGCCCGGUUUCACUUGGCCCUCUCAUUCAUUUGUCGCUCCGGCCGCUCCCAGCGUGGACUUUGAUGACUCGUUUGGAAAUUCAGACAGUAUCAAGGAAAGUGGGUGUCGAAAACGGGUGAGGUCUGGAUCAUGCAAUGUGACUGGUUCUAAAGCAUGCAGAGAGAAAAUGCGGAGGGAUAGACUGAACGACAGGUUCCUGGAAUUGAGUUCUAUGCUUGAACCUGGAAGGCCACCCAAAACUGACAAGGCUGCUAUAUUGGGUGAUGCUGUCCGAGUGGUGAAUCAGUUACGCGGAGAAGCCCAGCAACUGAAGGAUUCAAAUGGAGAUCUGCAGGAGAAGAUAAAUGAAUUAAAGGCUGAGAAGAAUGAACUUCGUGAUGAGAAGCAGAGGCUCAAAACAGAGAAAGAAAACAUUGAGCGGCAAAUUAAAGCCUUGAAUACUCAGCCAGGCUUCUUGCCUCACCCUGCUGCAAUUCCAGGUCCAUUUUCUGCCCCAGGCCAAGUUGUUGGUGGCAAACUGAUGCCCUUCGUCGGAUAUCCUGGAGUUUCCAUGUGGCAGUUCAUGCCACCGGCUGCAGUUGAUACCUCACAAGACCAUGUUCUCCGUCCCCCUGUUGCAUGAGUGCCAGGCUUUUAUUUGUCUGCCUCGUGCUUAAUGAUAGCCUUUUUAGCUGUUGUUUCUCGUUUUUGAUUUUUGUGUUCUAGUUUUAAAUUUUUUCACAUAAGAUUGAAUUUACUGGAUGAAAGACUGGAUAUUUUCAUUGACUGCUUUGGAUAAGUUGUAACUUGUAGUUCUCAUGAACAAGUUUCCUUCAUAAAAUUUUCCAAUUUUGACCUCUUAA